CUCGCUUCACUCUCCACCGAAUCAAUCCAGGUGGUGGUAGAGUCCAGAAAGAACUUCUUCUUCUUGCUUCUCCUCCAAGUUCGUAGCCCACAAAGCCUAGCCAUCGCGGAUUGGAGAUCGAUGAUUUGAGAGAAGCCGGUCGCCGGAGCUAAAUGGGAUUCUUCAAGGGAGCCAAGUCCGCACUCGACGCCUUUCGCUGUUUCACUAGGGCUUCCACUCAAUUUCAGCAAGGCUCGAGGAUUCACCGACCCGCGGCGUCGACUCUCGCUUCCGGCGUAUCGAAACGGGCUCCCGACGUCGUCGCUCCGUGUCCUCUGGUCCUUCGCCGAUUCAGCUGUUACGGUGUAAUCGGCAGGAACCGGUGCAAUCCGUUUUCGAACGGAGCCAAGCGAUUCUACUAUGUGGAUCGAUACCAGGUGCAGCAUUUCAAGCCGCGAGGGCCGAGACGGUGGUUUCGGAACCCUAGGAACGUGCUGAUCGUGGUCUUGGUGGGUUCUGGGGUUUUCAUCACGGUGUACUUUGGGAACUUGGAGGAGGUGCCGUACACGAAGCGGAGGCAUUUCGUGCUCUUGUCCAGAGACUGGGAGAGGAGACUCGGGGAGACGCAGUUCCAGCAGAUUAAGGCUUCUUUUAAGGGCAAGAUAUUGCCGCCGAUCCACCCGGAGAGCGUCAGGGUCAGAUUAAUCGCCAAAGAUAUCAUUGAGGCGCUGCAGAGAGGUUUGAGGCAUGAACAGGUUUGGCAAGAUAUAAGUUAUGCCUCGCCAGACACUUUUGAGGGCAGUGAGAGAGGUGCUCAUGAUACUCUGAUGGCUCUGAGCGAUAAAAAAUCAGAAAAGCUAGAGGAGACGUGGUCCCGUGAAGAUGAGCUUCUUGAUGAUAGUUGGGUUGACCAAAGCAGGAACAAGGGUCGUGGGCGCGGAUCGAAACCCACGACCUCACAUCUGGAGGGCCUUAAUUGGGAGGUCUUGGUGGUGAAUGAGCCUGUUGUGAAUGCAUUCUGUCUGCCAGGUGGGAAGAUUGUUGUGUUCACUGGACUAUUUGAACAUUUUAGGACAGAUGCAGAGAUAGCAACAAUAAUUGGACAUGAGGUGGCACAUGCUGUGGCUAGACACUCAGCUGAGAUGAUUACGAAGAAUCUGUGGUUCAAUAUCAUGCAACUGAUACUUUAUCAGUUUGUCAUGCCUGACAUUGUUAAUGCAAUGUCAUCUCUUUUCCUAAGGCUUCCAUUCUCAAGGAAGAUGGAGAUCGAAGCGGAUUAUAUUGGUUUGCUGAUAAUGGCUUCCGCUGGGUAUGAUCCUCGAGUGGCACCUAAAGUAUUUGAGAAGUUGGGUAAGGUGACUGGAGACUCGGCGCUGAGAGACUAUCUUUCUACUCAUCCAUCCGGGAAAAAGAGAGCGCAGUUGCUGGCUCAAGCGCCAGUCAUGGAAGAAGCUCUCAUUUUGUACAGGGAGGCUAUAUCGGGGCGCGGAAUUGAAGGGUUCUUGUAGGUUAUCAUGGGCACGUACAGGAAUAAUACCCCUAGAGAGAGGGAGAGAGCGUGUACAAGAAUGUUCAUGGCUUUGGUUAUUUUCAAUGGUUUCCCAUUUUCCUU